AUGCCAAAAACAUCUAAUGGUCAGCACCUCUACAUCACAGGCAUGAGGAAUCUUCAAGAGCUAGUGCACGAAUCUGAGUCUGAGGAUGAAGAAACUGUCGUUCGACAGACCCGUUCCAAGACCUCGUUCGGAGAUAUCAUGGCUCAGGCUAAGACCUGUCGCGAUGUGGUCACGGAAGAUAGGAAGAGGAGAAAAACUGCAGAAGAGAAGAAAUCAGAAGGAUCAGAUGCACGAGCGAAUACCUCAAGGUCACAGUUACAGGCCAGUAUGUCUGGUGCGAUGGGGUUGAGUCGUGCUCAGAAGGCCCCACGAGAGAACGACCAGUACCACCCGGAGGACCCCCUCCUCGAGCGCCAUCCAUUCGCAGUCAAGAACACCAACCAUCUGCAAUCCAAACGGGACCAGUACUCUUCAGUGCCAUUGUGUAAACACUUGGAGUUAUUUCUAGACUGGAACAUGGACGACCCCGACAACCGAAAAGGCUCUUGGAUUCUGAACAUUGAAAAAUACGAGGACCCCUCACCUUGGGCAGAGCAUCGACAUUGCGCUGGCGUAGAUGUCACUAAGAUGGCUGAUGCCUUGGCGAUGAGGAUAAUCAAGAAAUUCACUCGACUAGACAAUGAGCGAGUGAGCCGAGACUUCGACCGCGGAAUAUCGUGCCGACGACCUCCGGCGAAGCAGCGCUUGACACGCGAGCUAUGCAACAUGUACUCUCAGAUCCACCGUGGCAAGGAGAGCAAGCUUGUCGAUGAGAAAGAAGCGCUUCGCGAGAGCCUCAAUGCGGCGGAGCGGCGCAAGGAGCUGGCUGGGGAAGCGCUGCUGCGAGCUCAGAAGUCUCGUCAAACCAGCGGCGCGGCAAAGCCUGUCAACAACGAUGUAUCGGAAGGUCGCGACAAGUCAUCUUCAGCUUCAGUCUCAGGCUCGUCUCCUUCUAUCAAGAAGCGUAAGACCCCGAAGCAAAUUGCAGAAGAGAAGGUAGCUCGGAACCGGAAGCGCAAGGGUUUGAGCGAGAUUGCUAGAAUUCCCGCUGAGCCUGUCGACCGUUUCAAGUCGACCACGGUAGAUGAACGAGACGCCCGAUUGGCCGGUGUUGCUCAGCAGGUUCGACCUGAACGCGCGACGGAGACAAAGAAGAGCCCAUCGGUGACCAAGCCCUCGUCGAAGUCGAAGAAGUCCGCGGUCGCCAUCGAUCCUGAUGAAGAUGUCGAGACCAUCUCUCGUCGCCGCGUGACGAAGAAGACCACACUUCCACCAGCCCCGAUUUUCUCUGACUCUGAGAAUGAACACAGUGAAGAAGAACUCGUCACGAAGCGCAACGCGACCACGAAAUCUCAAUCUCAACAUAUGAGCAAACCAGAGCGCGCUCUCCUCAAAGGCAUCGCAAAGGCAGAGCAAGAAGAACGCGAACGGUACGCCCAGGACGGACCCGAACCAUUACCCACAUCCGAAGAGAAAGAAGCAGCAUUCCGGGCUGAAAUUGAGGCAAUUGGACUCGCACAACUCGCUGCUCAGAAGCGGAAGUUGAGUGAAACGGAGGAUGAUAUACCGUCUCAUGUCUUGCCUUCUUCACGACUGAUUAAGAAGGCAAAGAAGAACAGCGUUACGAAAGAAGUUGUAUAG